UAUUUUAUGGUGAUAUUUGUGUUUGUUUUCUUUCUUGUAUAUCCUUGGAACCCUUUUCUAUCGUUUGAUUCGCCGAAAUGGCUGCAUCCGCUACUGCAACUCGCGCAGAAGAAGUGCACACUCUUCUAAACGCGGUCCAAGACCUCCUGAUCCCUUUCAUCCGGUCUGCGGAUGACGACACUCUCGCGACGCAGACAAACGGCGUUGACAAGACGCAAAAUGGAGUCAACGCGAAUUCCACGCCCGGAGGGACAUCAUUGGUUGAUUAUAAGAGACCCGAGGAACUACAAAACAUCCUGAAAUUAGAGCUACCACAGCAAGGUAGCGGACAAGAGGGCUUGAUCGAGGUCCUCCGCAAAGUCCUCCGAUAUUCAGUCAAUACCUGGCACCAGGGAUUCUUAGAUAAGCUGUAUGCGUCGACCAAUGCGCCUGGGGUGGCAUCGGAACUUAUCCUAGCGGCGCUCAACACAAACGUUCAUGUCUACCAGGUUUCGCCGGCGCUUUCUGUGAUUGAGAAGUAUACCGGGCAGCAGCUGGCGGCGAUGUUUGGGCUGAACGGGCCAAGAGCCGGCGGAAUUUCCGUCCAGGGAGGAUCCGCUUCCAACACGACGUCUAUUGUGAUUGCGCGCAACAAUCUGUUCCCUAGUACGAAGAAGGACGGAAACGGGGACUACAGGUUUGUCCUCUUCACCAGCAUCCAUGGACACUAUAGCAUAGAAAAGGCCGCCCAGAUGCUAGGGCUGGGGAGUAGCGCUGUCUGGGCUGUACCGAUUGAUGCGCAAGGCCGCAUGAUCCCGGCAGAGCUCGAGAAGUUAGUACAGCGGGCACUGCGGGAGAACCGGACUCCAUUCUACGUCAACGCGACGGCCGGAACAACCGUGAUGGGAUCCUUUGACCCCUUCGAGGAAAUCGCCGCCAUAUGCCACAAGUAUAACAUGUGGAUGCACGUCGACGGCUCCUGGGGUGGAUCCUUCGUCUUCUCCCAGCGCCAGCGACACAAACUGGCCGGUGCCGAAAAGGCAGAUAGUAUCGCCAUCAACCCACACAAGAUGAUAGGAGUCCCCGUAACAUGUUCCUUCCUGCUUGCUGCGGACCUGCGAAAAUUCCACCGCGCCAACACCCUACCCGCCGGGUAUUUGUUCCAUACCGAGGAUGCGGAAGCCUCCGCCACUAUGACAACGAAAUCCGAACUGGAAGCCGAUUCCCCCGAGGUAUGGGAUCUAGCCGACCUCACGUUACAAUGCGGACGACGCGCAGAUUCCCUGAAGCUCUUCCUCGGCUGGACAUAUUACGGAACAGCCGGGUACGAGCGACAAAUCGAUACAGCGUGCGAGAUUACCUCGCACCUUGCGACCCUGGUUGCCGAGAACUCGGAUUUUAUUCUGGUGAGCAAGAACCCACCGCCUUGUCUUCAGGUCUGCUUCUACUAUGCACCGGGCGGGCAGCUAUUGCGGGCCCGUGGCGUUGUCUCGAACGAGAUCGAGAGAGCUCGGGCGAAUAGCCGGGUGACGGAACUCAUAACGCAUGCGCUUGUGAGGAAAGGGUUCAUGGUUGACUUUGCGCCCCCGAGUGGGGACGACAAUGCAGUCGGGAACGGAAAGUUUUUCCGCUGUGUUGUUAAUGUGCAGACCACGAAGGAGACCGUCGAGGCUCUUGUUCGCGCGAUUGAAGAGGUUGGGCCGUCGAUUGUCCAGCAGCUCGAGGCAGACGAAGCUACUUUGGUUCCGCGGAGAAGGCCCGGGGAACGAGGCCAUGGGCCGGUGGUGGUUCAUCAUGCUUAGUGGGGUAUUAAUUUUGUGUAUAUUUCAGAUUUAUGCUAGGCAGGAAAAAUGGGUUUGGUCUAUAUAUCAGUUGGCUGGCAUAUAGAGUCUCAAAAAGGAUAGAAGUGAAUCAAAAAUCAUAUAUGACGUGC